ACAAACAACCAGUGCUUACAAGUCACCAAGUGCUGUGUUAUCGUUCCUUCCCUUCUUCAGUGUUUCUUUUGAGAUAGUGAGUGAAGGACAAAUCAUGAGUAGGGAAGGAGAUUGGUUGUGUGCUGCUUGCCAGUACUCAAACUUCAAGAGGCGUGAUGCAUGUCAAAAAUGUGGAUGUCCCAAGUAUGCAUCGCCCGAGGAUAUCUCCUCUUAUAGGAUACACAGAACAGAAGUCUUGCCUGGAGAUUGGUAUUGCACUGCAAUGAACUGUGGGGCUCAUAAUUACGCAAGCCGAACAAGCUGCUAUAGAUGCGGUGCAAUGAAGAGUGAUAACUGUGGGUACGGGGUUGGCAUGAUGGCACCUGGAGGUUACCUAUAUGAUUCCAGUGCCCUUCCUGGUUGGAAAACUGGUGACUGGAUUUGCACCAGAUAUGGAUGCGGUGAGCACAACUAUGCUAGCAGGACGGAAUGCCAUAAAUGCAAAAUGCUUAGGGAUUUCUGAACGCCGUCUAAGGCAGUGAAUCAAGGAAGAGAAUUAAGUACUUGUAUAAUUAGGAGUUAUCUCACUAUGAUCGGCAACAGUGACCCUCCUCAAACACAUCAAUUUUCUCUCUAGUCUUUCUUCUUUUCUCGUCCAAUAAAUUGUAGGUUCCUGGUAGACGACCAAAAUUUCAUUAGCAUUGUUCUGUAGUUAAUUUCUGAGAGAAGGGUUCCUAGCUAACAACAUUGUACGGUUAAUUAUUACAUGAAACUAAUGAAAUCCCUUCGUUUU